UACAACUAUUCUCCCCUAAUCGUAAGUAAGUACAGAGUAGGCUCCGCUCCGCAUCGUGCAGAUAGGCCAUGGCCCCUUCAAUGCAACCCCACGUCACCCCCGACAGCUUCUUCCACACAACCUCGCCGUCACGACCAACGCUACCUACCAAUCCACCCCCAGCCCCAAUUAUAGUCUAUUUUAUAUCCGGAAACCCAGGUCUCAUCUCCUACUACUACCCCUUCUUCACCUUCCUAUCCGACAAACUCCAAUCUCUCAGCAGCAGCAGCAAACAGAAGAAAGACCACCAUCAAUUCUACAUCCACGGCCACAGCCUAGCAGGCUUCGAAGUCCAGCCUCAGUCUCCCCUUCCCACCCAUUACCACAAUGUGGAAGACCAGAUCCAGUUCAUCCAGCACAAGCUCGACUCUUUCGUGCAAGCCACUACUACUACACAACCAUCUAGCACCGUUAGGCGGCCCCGCGUCAUCAUCAUGGGCCAUUCCGUGGGCACCUACAUCGCCAUGGAAGUCAUCCGGCGCCAUCGCGAACGCCAGUCGUCUGCCGAUGCCAAUACUACUACUAGUAGUGGUGGUGGUGGUGGUGGCUUCGACAUCGUCGGUGGAGUGAUGCUCUUCCCGACUGUCAUGGACAUCGCCAGUUCGCCUUCAGGGAAGAAGUUGACUACCCUCUUAUCCCUCAUCCCCCACCUCGCACUAAUCGUCUCCAUCUUCGCCCGCAUCCUCACCACCUUUCUACCAGACUUCGCCCUCCGUGCCCUAAUCAAGCUAUUCAUGGCCGAUCCGCCAUCCCAGGCUGUCGAUACUACCUGCGCUUUCUUGAAGAGUAAGAGAGGCGUGAGGCAGGCUUUGCACAUGGCCGCUGAUGAAAUGCGCACCAUCACGACGGAUAAAUGGAGUGAUGAUGUUUGGGGGAUAGCUUCCUCCUCUUCUUCCUCCGGAGGAAAUGCAGACGGCAAGGUGAAUAAUGAUGAUACUGACUCAACUUCUCGGAUGUUCUUCUACUUUGGACGGAAUGAUCACUGGGUUGCGGAGAAGACGAGGGAGGAGAUUAUCCAGGCUAAGGCUAAGAGUAGUAGUAUGGUGGGAGGGAAGGGAGGGAAGGGUCCGACUAUGGUGGUUUGUGAGGAUGGGUUGCCGCAUGCGUUUUGUUUACGUCAUAGUGAAGUUACGGCGGGGAAGGUUGCGGGGAUGGUUAUGGAUAUUAUUGAUGGGUGA